UGUCCUUAGGUUGUUGAGCACACACAUAUGAUCUGAUACAACAACUUAAAAUAUUGUGUGGUUGGAGAGAUGAUGAUGAAUGGUGUAGUCUAUGUGGUGUUGGUGGUGCAGGUACUUGCAUGGACCAGCAGUGCAGUGGUGGUGGCAAGUGGGAAGUGCAUUGAGAGUGAAAGGCAAGCUCUGCUUUCUCUCAAACGUGGCUUCAAUGCCAGGGAUGAUGACGAUUGGCUGUCUUCAUGGGGAGAUGGGGAGCAGCAGAAGGAGUGUUGCAUCUGGGAAGGCGUCAAGUGCAGCAAUGUAACUGGUCAUGUUCUCAUGCUUGAUCUCCAUGGUUAUCACUUUGCUGGCUCCAUAAGCCCAUCACUGGCUGAGUUACAUUAUUUGAACUAUUUGGACCUUAGUUUCAAUAAUUUGGUUGGAGGAUUCCCACUUCAACUCACAAAUAUGUCAUUCUUGAGAUAUUUGGAUCUUAGUUUUAAUACCUUCGAUGAAAUAAUACUUCCUCAGCUUGGAAAUCUCUUAUCCUUGGAGCAUCUUGAUCUAAGUGGAAUUGGAUUCAGCGGAACCAUUCCUCAUCAUUUCAAAAAUCUUUCUCGUUUACAGUAUCUCCAGCUCGAUCCUUACAAUGAGAACUACUUGUUAAGUUCUGAUUUGCAAUGGCUAUCUCAACUUCCAUCCUUGAGGCAUUUCUCACUUAGUCAGGUUAACCUCAGUGGUGCCAGCAAUUGGCAACGACAAGUGAGUAGCCUUUCUCAUCUUCAAUAUUUAGACUUGAGUCAUUGCAAUCUUGUUGAUUCCAUGUCCACUUCAUCACUUGCAUCCCCUGCUAAUUUCUCCACUUCUCUCUCAUAUGUGGAUAUCUCUCACAACUCUCUAAGGGAUGCAUCCUUCAUAUUCCCAUGGUUAAUGAAUUCCACUAGCAGCCUUGUUACUCUCAUAAUGAAUGAUAAUGGUUUAACAGGAACCAUUCCACUAUCUUUGUUUCAUAGUUGCAAUUUGGCAAACCUAGAUCUAUCCAAGAAUAAUCUAACAGGGGAGUUUCAUGAAUGUAUUCGAAUAUUUUCUCAUUGUGCUCAUAAACCCUUACAAAUCUUGGAUCUGGGAUCGAAUGAAAUUACAGGAAUGGUGCCUGAUCUCUCACAUCUUUCAUCGUUGCAAAAGUUACGACUUGAUAACAACAGAUUAAAUGGGGCCAUACAUGAAGGCAUUGGGCAACUAUCCAAUUUAAGUGAGUUAAGUCUUGGAAAUAACUUAUUGCAUGGUUUGAUAUCUGAAACUCAUUUCUCAACACUUUCCAAUCUUCACACUUUGGAUUUGUCUCAUAAUGCGUUGGUUUUUAAUAUUAGCGCUGAAUGGGUUGCCCCGUUCGAUUUACGUAUCAUUAACUUGGCUUCUUGCAAUUUGGGGGCUAACUUUCCGAGAUGGCUUCAGACCCAAGUGAAUAUUGGGCACUUGGAUAUUUCACAAGCUCAAAUAUCUAGCUCAGUUCCUAAUUGGUUUUGGGAACGUUUUUCUACGAUAUCGUAUUUGAAUCUUUCUCACAACCAUAUUAGAGGAAAAAUUGAAGGCUCCGUUCCAGGCAAUAAUAUUGUAAGUCUUCAAACAAUUGAUUUAAGCUUCAAUUUAUUUGAAGGCCCAAUUCCAGCAUUCCUUUCAUCUGCUUCACAACUUUUAUUGUCCAAUAAUAGAUUCUCAACUGUAAAUCCUUUUUUAUGUGCAAACUCGUGGAAAUUCACAAAAUUUAUGGAUUUGUCAAACAACUACCCUAGAGGACAACUUCCGGAUUGUUGGAUGGGUUUUGAAUUCUUGGUUCUUCUAGAUUUGUCUGAUAAUCAUUUUUAUGGAAAUAUGCCAAGGUCUCUGGGAUCAUUAAAAAAUAUCCAGUCAAUACAUUUAGGAGGGAAUAAUUUUUCAGGAGAGAUACCAUCAUCCUUGAAUAAUUGCACACAACUACAAGUUUUUGAUGCUGCUAACAAUCAGUUGUCUGGAACAAUACCAAGUUGGAUUGGAGAAAAUAUUGCAAAGCUACUUGUACUUAACUUACAUUCUAACAAGUUUCAUGGGAGCAUUCCAUUAAGUAUUUGCAAUCUUCAUCAACUCCGUGUCUUGGAUCUGUCUCUAAAUAUUCUCUCUGGCAAUGUACCUAAAUGCAUAAGUAAUCUUUCUGCUAUGGCCACUCAAGCAAAUCCAGAUGCAACCAUUAGCCAUGGCUAUAAUUAUGUAUUUGCCGCUUUCCAUGAUACUACUGGUUACUAUCAACUUGAAUUUCCAGGAUUUUAUAAUGAUAGUACUUCACUCAUGUGGAAAGGGAAAAUGUCAAAAUAUGGAAGCAUUCUAGGUCUAUUGAGAAGUAUUGAUUUCUCCAACAACAGGUUAACAGGGGAAAUACCAAGUGAGAUGAUGAGUCUUAUUGGCUUGGUUUCUUUAAAUCUUUCAAGAAACUUGUUUAGUGGACACAUUCCUCCAACUAUUGGACAGCUGAAGUCAAUAGAUUUUCUUGAUCUAUCCAGAAAUCAUUUGUCAGGAACAAUUCCUUCACAGCUUGCUCAGCUUGACCGUCUCAGUGUUCUUGACUUGUCAUACAAUGAUUUAUCCGGAGAAAUCCCACUUGGCACGCAACUUCAAACUAGGGAUGCCUCUGAUUAUGCAGGAAAUCCAAAACUUUGUGGUGCUCCUCUCAACAAAACUUGUCCCAUACAUGGUCAUCAGAUCAGUGAACAUGAAGCUGAUGGUGAUGAUGAACAAUUUGUAAGCGAGGGGUUCUACAUUGCUAUGGCUGCUGGAUUUGUUAUGGCAUUUUGGGGAGUUUGCUUCUCAUUGAUUUUGAAGAAAUCUUGGAGAUAUGCUUAUUUCAAGUUGUUGAAUGAUGUCUAUGACAAGCUCUAUGUAUUUAUAGCAAUUAAGGUGGCCAAAUUCAAAAGGAUCAGAUCUCAAGGAUGAAGGCAAAAGAUUUCACAAUAUCAUGUGGUGAAAAAGAGCUUCGCUUGUGAUAGUCAGGAUCUUCAUGCAUAUGUAUCCAUUUGGAAGGAGACCAAUAACAUAUAGUAAUGCAGUUAAUAUAAUAAGUGUUAUGUUUGCAUACUUUAGCCCUGUUUAGGUUUUCUGUU